AUGGCGGCCUUUCGGGCGCGAGCCCGUGGAGGCUGGCCAGCGACGACCCGAAAACCUUUUCGAAGGCGUCAACAGUCCUCGCAUUUCGUUGUGCCUGCGCACGAAGCCCUCCUGAUCCUCGUCAUCAGCUGUCUCGCUAUUAGCCCCACCGUAACAGCCGCUCCCGACUACCGCGACGCGUUGUCGAAAGCGCUUCUGUUCUUCGACGGCCAACGGUCGGGAAACCUCUCGGGCGCCGCGAUCAAGACCAGGACGACGUGGCGCGGCGACUCCGCUCUCACCGACGGCAAAGCGCAGAAGGUCGACUUGGUCGGCGGCUACUAUGACGGCGCGGGAAACGUUAAGUACGGCCUGCCGCUGGCCUUCUCCCUCACGCUGCUCUCCUGGGCCGCGGUCGAUUACCAAUCGCAGCUCGCCGCGUCAGGCAGCCAGCUCUCCGCGGCUCGCGACGCGAUUCGCUGGGGGACGGACUACCUCCUUAAAGCGCACACGAGCGCGAACGAGCUCUGGGUUCAAGUAGGCGACGGUCCGAGCGACGACCUGUGCUGGCAGCGGCCCGAGGACAUGACGACGGACCGCACCGCGUACCGCGUGAACGCGACGCGGCCGGGGUCUGACGUGGCAGGGGAGACGGCGGCGGCGAUGGCGGCGGCGUCACUGGUGUUCGCGAAAGUGGAUCCGUCGUAUUCGUCGCUGUUACUGAACCGUUCGCAGCAGCUGUUCGCGUUUGCGGACACUUAUCGCGGGGUGUAUUCCGAUUCUAUCCCCAUUGCGAGACGGAACUAUCCCUCAUGGACCGGAUACGAGGACGAGCUGGCGUGGGCGGCGGCAUGGCUGCACCGAGCAACGGGGUCAACUCAGUACCUGGAGUACCUGGCGGGGAACGACGAGCAGCUGCAGGGGUCGUCGCAGAGCACCACGGAGUUCAGCUGGGACGACAAGUUUGUCGGGGCGCAAGUGCUGCUGGCUAAGGUGGCACUGCAAGGCAGCGGGGCGGCUAAUCUGAGUGUGGCGGCACAGGCGGUGGUGGAGGGGUACAGAGGCAUGGCGGACGCAUUUGCAUGUGCAUACAUGCCCGACAACCCACUGCACUCCAUCUACAUCACACCAGGCGGGCUGGUGUACAUUCGAGCACGCAACAGCCAGUACGCCACGUCAGCCGCGUUCCUGCUGCUGCUCUACAGCGACUACCUGGCGUCGGCCAAUCAGACGCUCUCGUGCGACGGCACGCAGUACUCGCCUGCUGACAUGGCAGCCUUCUCAAAGUCACAGAUGGACUACCUACUAGGAGUCAACCCUCUCAACGCGUCCUACAUGGUGGGCUUCGGCCAGUCCUACCCACAGAAGCUGCGCCACCGGGGGGCGUCCAUCGUCUCGUUCAAAGCGGACAGCACGCCGGUCACCUGUGAGGGCGGCAAGGCAGAGUGGCUCAUGAGCCCCGACCCCAACCCCAACGUGCAUGUGGGAGCGAUCGUGGGGGGCCCUGACGCGGUGAGUUACCCCCCUAGUGCUGACAUGCUAGGCCUACCCACAGAAGCUGCGCCACCGGGGGGCGUCCAUCGUCUCGUUCAAAGCGGACAGCACACCGGUCACCUGUGA